AUGGUCGAACGAUUCCACCGGCAGCUCAAAGCAGCCAUUCGUUGCCACCAAAACGACCAGUGGACACGGAUUCUUCCCACGGUACUCCUGGGCAUCCGAGCAGCGUGGAGGGAAGAUCUGCAGGCAACCGCUGCAGAACUGGUCUACGGCGAGCCACUUCGACUACCGGGCGAAUUUCUGACAACCAGCAACCAUAAAAACAGCGACCAGGUCACCUUCACAGACGAACUGCGACGCCAUAUGCAGCAGUUACGACCCGCGGACAUCACCCGCCACGGAACAGUGAAGACGUUCAUUUUCAAAGAUUUAGCAACAUCAAAGAACGUUUUCAUACGGCGUGACACCGUAAAAAACUCCCUUGACAUGCCGUAUGAUGGUCCAUACCCGGUGGUCAACCGACACGGAAAAACCUUCAGCGUAAAAAUACACGGCAGAGACACCACGGUCACCAUCGACCGACUGAAACCGGCGUAUACCAUGUCAGAAGAGGAGACGGACACAGAACCUACACCCCUGGAGAGGCCACACCAUCUAGGCACGGAGACGCCGAACCAGCCCAAUCCACCGACAGCUGUCCAGCACGAGAGGACGCCAGACGAGCCGACCUCUCGCCAAUCAAACCGUCGAGUUCGCUUCACGGAGCGAUAUCAGGCGGGCUUCAAUUAG